GAAAUAGUUGCAGAAUAGAUGGAACGGAACCGGUGCGUUGCGCCAUCACCUUCGGGAGUCCUAUAUAUAACAGCUAGGGAACAGAGCCUUUGCGCAUACGAUCGAUCGAGUAGCCAGCGUUCAUGCAUAGGGAAGCAGCAAUGGACCCUGUGAGUGGUAGUCCAUGGGCGUCAGUUCCAGGAAACCGACUGCUCCCGAUCCGCGUGUCAACAGAACCUGCCGGCACCGAGUGGACGCAGGAGAACCCCGCGGAGGAGCCCGUGAGCCCUACAGCAAGAGCCAUGGAAGAUAUAGGUAUUUAUAUCGUCGUCACCAUCGGCCUCGACACGCCGAUAAACCUGAGCAUCUUCCGAGCCGGUAUCGAAUCUCUGCUUGCCCGAUGCCCGCGCUUGGGAUGCAUUCAAGUGGCGGACGGGUCAAGCAAUGGAGGGGCGCGAUGGGCGCGCACGGCUGUGAACGCCGAGGAUCAUAUGAUCGUCCCCAGGCUGGAUGGCGCGGCCGUGGCCGCCGACCCAGACAAGGCCGUGGAGGACUACGUCGCCUCGCUGUCCACGCUGCCCAUGGACCGCUCCCGCGCGCUUCUGGAGUUCCAUCUCCUCGACUUCCCGACCUCCGAGGCGGCCUCCACCGUGGCGGUCCGGGUGCACCACGCCUACGGCGACGGCAUGUCUCUAAUGGCGCUUCUCAUGAUGUCCACGCGCAACGCCGCCGCCGACACGAAGGCUCGGCCAGCCACGCCUCCGCGUCGUCGUCGUCCUUCCCGCACGGGCGCCAUCUACGCGUCGCGACGCCGGCCCCCGCUUUCCACGGGCGCCCUGGCGCUCGUCACGUGGGUCUGGUCGUACCUCGUGCUCGCGUGGAACACCGCGUCGGACGUUGCCUACUUCGCCGCCACGAUUCUGUUCCUGAGUGACCCGCGCACCCUGUUCAAGCGUGCCGACGACGAUGAGUUCCACGCCAAGCGCUUCGUCCACCGGAGUCUUAGCCUGGAUGACGUCAUGUUCCUCAAGAGCUCCAUGAACUGCACCGUCAAUGAUGUGCUGGUUGCAGUGACUUCUGCUGCUCUAUCAAGAUAUUACUUCCGCAAGUCCGGUGACACUAACACUAGCAAAAUCUGUUUGCGAUCACUCCUUCCUGUCAACACAAGGCCAGCCACUAGCCUACAGACAUAUGUUAAUGUGAUAGAAUCUGAUAAGAGGAACGAGGUGACAUGGGGAAAUAAACUGGGCUACAUUAUUCUUUCAUUUUAUCUGGCCAUGCACGAAGAUCCACUUGCAUAUAUUCGCAAGGCAAAGAAGGUUCUUGAUAGGAAAAAGAGGUCACUCGAAGUGAUAUUGACAUAUAAGAUUGGUCUGAUUUUCACGAAAUUUUUUGGUGUCAAGGUAGGAACUUCAAUCUUUCGGCGUCUCUUCGCACGUACAACAAUAGUUUUCUCAAACAUGGUUGGACCAGCUGAACAGGUAGAGUUAUGUGGACACCCAGUGGCUUUCCUUGCGCCUAGCGUCUAUGGGAUUCCAGAGGCUCUGAUUAUUCACUACCAAAGCUACAGAAGCACUAUCAAGAUAAUUCUAUCAGUUGACGAGGACAAGUUUCCAGAUUAUCAUCAACUUUUGGAUGACUUUGACCAGACCCUCACGGUCAUGAAGGACGCGGCUUCAAGACUUUCAACGUCAACUAAGAAUGACUAAGCAAUAGACAACUAAAUCAGGACCCUACACGUAUAUGCGCUAAAUAA